CUGUAGGUUACUGUCCCUGUAUAAAACUAUUAUGUCAGUUACCAAACCAAAUACCAACAGCUCAACCAGCCAAGGCAAAGUAAACUCACCCAUCAUUCUGCAUGAUGUGCCCAGUUCAUUGCCCAAGAAAUCUGUUCCGUCGGUUAAACAGACUCGGUUUCCAAAGAAUCAGUUCUAUUGCUUUGCUGGAAGCCAUUAAAGUAAAUUAGAUUCCAUUGCCCAGAGAAUGAAUGUCUGUAUGGGAUAAUAUAUGUUAAUAUACACUAUUAAUAUGAAUAUAUGGGAAUCUGGAAGCUCCAUGGUGCCUGUGUCAUUAAUGAGCUGCAGAGAAAACUCAUUUCCAGACUCGUUGUCCCGUAUUUUAGUUUCCCGGCAGCAGAUCCUGCUGAUAACAAUUAUGUCAGAGCACAAGGACUGGAGUUUUAUGAGGAUCUGGACUUGUCUGUGCUCUUUAUAUCAAGAAGACUGAGACACGAUGAGCAGCAGUCACAUUGGCAAGAGCAGAAGCAGCCGCCAUACGUGGGAAAGGCCUCAGUGUCGCCAUCCAGUGGAGGAGCCCUGAUUUGAACAUGUGAUCGCUGUCUCCCCAUUCAGAAACAUGGAGAAUGUGACCUCAGACUCUGCGGCAAGUAAUUCCUGCACGUUCCAUGAAGAGUUCAAGCAGAUUCUCCUUCCUGUGGUCUAUUCGGUCGUCCUGCUCUUUGGUCUCCCGUUGAACUUCAUUGUUAUCCUCCAGAUCUGCCUGUCCAAGAAACCUCUGACCCGCACGGCCAUCUACACACUGAACCUUGCGGUGGCCGACCUGCUCUACGUGUGCUCCCUCCCGCUCCUCAUUUAUAACUACAUCCAUCAUGACUACUGGCCCUUUGGGGACUUCACCUGCAGGUUUGUGCGUUUUCAGUUCUACACCAACCUGCACGGCAGCAUCAUGUUCCUCACUUGCAUGAGUUUCCAGAGAUACAUGGGCAUCUGCCACCCUCUGUCUGUCUGGCACAAAAAGAAGGGCAAGAAGUUCACGUGGGUGGUCUGUGCCAUUGUUUGGCUAGUGGUGGCCAUGCAGUGUGUGCCGACGUUCAUGUUUGCCUCUACUGGAAUCCAGAGGAACCGGACUGUGUGUUACGACCUGAGCCCCCCAGCCCUGUCUGAGCAGUAUUUUCCAUACGGAAUCACAUUGACUGUCACGGGGUUCCUGAUCCCCUUUAUUUCCAUCCUGGCCUGUUACUGCCGAAUGACCAAGAUCCUCUGCCUGAAGGACGAUCUCAAUGGAGCUCUAGUGCGGCAGAAGAAGGACAAAGCCAUCCGCAUGAUCAUCAUUGUAGUCAUGGUCUUUGCCAUCAGCUUCUUCCCUUUCCACCUCACCAAAACCAUCUACCUGGUGGUUCGCUCUCAGGACGAUGUGCCCUGCCUGGUUCUUCAGACUUUCGCCAUUGUCUACAAAUGCACCAGACCCUUUGCCAGCAUGAACAGCGUCCUGGACCCCAUCCUUUUCUACUUCACCCAACAGAAGUUCCGCCAGAGCACCAAGGUCUUGGUCCAGAGAGUCACCUCCAAGUGGAAGUCAACCUCCUGCGAGAAAACUAAUGGCUGAUAUGGAGUUUCUGAUCCUACUCACCUUUGCCAAGCACUGGAAUUGGGAACCUUGUAGUAGGGUAGAGACUUGGUGGUGAGGUUGCAAAAGGCACUUAAUAUCGGUUUGCUCCUAGUAAGGAGGAGCCAAUUGGUUGAUGGAAGUAAAAAUUAAAUUAAAUGGAUAGAGAACAGCCGAGCUGAACCGGAGCAUUUGUGGUUCCUAAAUACCUUGACUCUUGCCCCAUCUUUAAGAAUGAGUGAGUCUGUCAGCAACUCUUGCAUUGGCCCUGAAUACACUACCAGAAAGGGGACAGCUCACCUUCAUAUUGACUUUUGACAUGAUGUAGACAAUGUCAGUCUAUAGCAUUUUCCAUCCGAGGGCCCAUUUAUCAAAACCCUGGAUACGGGAAGGUCCAUAUGAGGGAGGUUAUGCCUCUCUUCUGAGACGGGGAGAGGGCAGGUUUAGGUCUGGUGCCUAGGGCAGCACUUGAAUUGAAUACAGCCCUAACAGCACUUGCAUCCAGCUGAUCUAUGCACCAGUUCCAGUGCUGUGACUCUAGAGGGGGGCUUGGGGAACAGGGGGGCUACCAGAAGGUCUCAUGGGUGAACUGUGAGUUGUGAUGCACAAGUUACACCUGUGCCUUGUGCCAAGUUUCUUAUAAUUUCAUUGUAAUAAAAGUGGAUACAAAGGUGAACUUCCCCUUUAA